AUGAAAGCAUGUCACAAACUGCAGUUUUUAAAUGGCCAACAGAGUGUGGAGGAUGAGCCCCACGGUGGACGGCCGUCAACGUCAAGAACCGACGACAACGUGCAACGUGUGCGUGAUGUACGCAAUUCAUACCGUCGGUUAAGUGUGCGCAUGAUUGCAGAUCGUGUUGGCAUUGAUAAGAUGACGGUGCACACCAUUAUCACUGAAGAUUUGGCGAUGCGAAAGGUCUGCGCGAAACUCGUCCCGAAGGUCUUGACAGACGACCAAAAGCAGAGACGAGUGGCUGCUUGCGAAGACCUUCUGCAACGCGUUGAGGAAGACCCCCAACCCCCCUGCAGUCCCGACUUGGCACCAGCAGACUUUUUCCUGUUCCCGAAAGUGAAAUCCUCCCUCAAAGGGCACCAUCAUGGGACCCUGAGUGCCAUCAAAGAGGCUUGCACACGGACCCUUAAGGACCUUCCGGAAUCCGCCUACCAGGGAACCUUCGUGUCGUGGCAACGCCGUUGGCAAAAGUGUAUCGAUGCACAAGGGAUGUAUUUUGAAGAAUUUUGA